AUGCCGCCCGCGCCGCCGCCCCGGCCGCCGGGGAUGCUGCUGGGCGCGCUGCUGCUCGCCGCCUGCGUCCCAGGAGUAUGGUGCUUUAGUGAACUGUUUUUUAUAAAAGAGCCACAGGAUGUGACUGUCACAAGAAAGGAUCCAGUCGUUUUAGAUUGCCAGGCUCAUGGAGAAGUUCCGAUUAAGGUCACAUGGUUGAAAAAUGGAGCAAAAGUGUCAGAAAGUAAACGGAUCCAGGUUAUGUCCAACGGCUCCUUGUACAUCAGUGAGGUGGAAGGCAAGAGAGAACUGUCGGAUGAAGGAUUUUACCAGUGCUUGGCUAUGAACAAAUACGGAGCCAUUCUGAGCCAGAAAGCUCAUCUCACCUUAUCAACUAUUUCUGCCUUUGAAGUUCAGCCCGUUUCUACUGAGGUCCAAGAGGGCGGAGUUGCCCGGUUUGCGUGCAAGAUUUCGUCACACCCUCCAGCAGUCAUAACCUGGGAAUUAAACCGGACAAGUCUACCUGUAGCAAUGGACAGGAUAACGGCCUUGCCCUCUGGGGUACUGCAGAUCUAUGAUGUCGGCAGAGGAGAUGUUGGGAAUUACCGCUGCGUGGCUGCCACUGUGGCUCACAGGCGGAGAAGUGUGGAGGCCUCCCUGACCGUGAUUCCAGCCAAGGAGUCCCGCUCUUUCCACACCCCUGUCAUCAUGGCAGGGCCGCAGAACGUGACGGCGUCGCUCCACCAGACGGUGGUUCUGGAAUGUGUGGCCACAGGAAAUCCUAAACCAAUCAUUUCUUGGAGCCGUCUCGAUCACAAGUCCAUUGAUGUCUUUAAUACUCGGGUACUUGGAAAUGGGAACCUCAUGAUAUCUGAUGUCAAGCUGCAGCAUGCUGGUGUGUAUGUGUGCCGGGCCACCACACCCGGUACACGCAACUUCACAGUCGCCAUGGCUACCGUGACUGUGUUGGCUCCUCCCUCGUUUGUUGAAUGGCCGGAAAGUCUGACCAGGCCUCGAGCUGGCACCGCGCGAUUUGUGUGCCAGGCAGAAGGAAUUCCCUCACCCAAAAUGUCAUGGUUGAAAAACGGAAGGAAAGUACAUUCAAAUGGCAGAAUUAAAAUGUACAACAGUAAAUUGGUGAUUAACCAGAUUAUUCCUGAAGAUGAUGCGAUUUACCAGUGCAUGGCUGAGAACAGCCAAGGAUCCCUUUUAUCCCGAGCCAGACUGACAGUGGUCAUGUCCGAAGACAGACCCAGCGCUCCCUAUAACGUUCACGCUGAAACCAUGUCAAGUUCGGCCAUCCUUUUAGCUUGGGAGAGGCCCCUGUAUAAUUCAGACAAAGUCAUAGCUUAUUCUGUGCACUACAUGAAAGCAGAAGGCUUAAAUAAUGAGGAGUAUCAAGUAGUCAUUGGAAACGACACAACUCAUUAUAUUAUUGAUGACUUAGAACCUGCCAGCAAUUACACUUUCUACAUUGUGGCGUAUAUGCCAAUGGGCGCCAGCCAGAUGUCUGACCACGUCACCCAGAACACGUUAGAGGAUGUUCCCCUGAGACCUCCUGAAAUCAGCUUGACAAGUCGAAGCCCCACGGACAUUCUCAUCUCGUGGCUGCCCAUCCCCGCCAAGUACCGGCGGGGCCGGGUGGUGCUGUACCGCCUGUGCUUCCGGCUGAGCUCGGAGAGCUCGGUGCACGCGCUGGAGCUCCCGGGCACCACGCACGAGUACCUGCUGGAGGGGCUGAGGCCCGACAGCGUCUACCUGGUGCGCAUCUCGGCCGCCACGCGCGUGGGGCUGGGGGAGUCCUCCGUGUGGACCUCCCACCGGACGCCCAGAGCCACGAGUGUGACAGCCCCUAAGUCUCCCGAGUUACACCUGGAGCCUCUCAACUGCACCACCAUUUCCGUGAGGUGGCAGCCGGAUGCGGAAGACGCAGCAACCAUCCAAGGCUACAAGCUGUACUACAAGGAGGAGGGCCAGCAGGAGAGCGGGCCCGUGCUGCUGGGCCCCGGCGCCCUGCUCCACACGCUCGGGGGCUUGGGUCCCAGGAGGAAGUACCAUGUGCGGCUCCUGGCGUACAGCGGCCUUGAAGACGGCUACCAGGCCGACCAGACCGUCAGCACCCCGGGCUGCGUGUCCGUCCGUGACCGCCUGGUGCCGCCCCCGCCGCCCCCGCACCACCUCUACGCCAAGGCCAACGGCUCGUCCUCGGUGUUCCUGCACUGGCGGAGACCCGCCUUCACGGCGGCCCAGGCCGUCAACUACACCGUGCGCUGCAACCCCGUGGGCCUGCAGAACGCCUCCCUGGUCCUCUACCUGCAGACGUCCGAAACGCACGUGCUGGUGCAGGGCCUGGAGCCCAACACCAAGUACGAGUUCGCCGUGCGCCUGCACGUGGCGCAGCUGUCCAGCCCCUGGAGCCCCGUCGUCUACCACUCCACGCUUCCGGAAGCGCCCGCGGGCCCGCCGGUGGGGGUGAAAGUGACGCUGAUCGAGGACGGCACAGCUCUGGUGUCCUGGAAGCCCCCCGACCGCCCCGAGACAGUGGUGACCCGGUACACGAUCCUGUACGCCUCGAGGAAGGCCUGGAUCGCAGGGGAGUGGCAGGUCCUGCACCGCGAAGGGGCGAUCACCAUGGCUCUGCUGGAAAACCUGGUGGCAGGAAACGUGUACAUCGUCAAGAUCUCUGCGUCCAACGAGGUGGGAGAAGGCCCCUUCUCAAAUUCCGUGGAGCUGGCUGUGCUUCCAAAGGAAAGUUCGGAAUCAAAUCAGCGGCCCAAGAGACUAGAUUCUGCUGACGCAAGAGCUUACUCAGGCUAUUACCAUCUGGACCAGAAGUCCAUGACGGGCAUCGCCGUGGGCGUCGGCAUAGCGCUGACCUGCAUCCUUGUCUGUGUCCUCAUCUUGGUGUACCGGAGUAAAGCCAGGAAAUCCUCUGCUUCGAAGACAUCACAGAGUGGAACUCAGCAGUCAUCUCGCCCUGGCGCUUCUCUCCCUGCUGGCCUUGAAGUAGGAAAGACCCUGGAGCAAGCCGUAGAGAACCAAGAGUCGUUGGUGAGAAUGCCGAGCAGCUUCGUUGAUGCAAAGGGAGGAACUGACUUAAUAAUUAACAGCUAUGGUCCUAUCAUCAAAACGAACCCUAAGAAAAAAUGGUUUUUCUUUCAAGAGCCUAAGAAGCCAAAAGUCGAGCAGCCUCCAAGCCGAUUCACACCAGCCGUUUGCUUCUACCGGCCGGGCACCACUGUCCUCGUCAGCGACGGAGACUCCCCCCGCACCCUGGGGCCGCCCGCCAGCUUCCCCAGGCCCUUUGCGGGAGCAGGCGACACGGAGCAUUCGGCCAACAGCGAAGGCAGCCACGAGACGGGGGAUUCCGGAAGGUUCUCCCACGAGUCCAAUGAGGAGAUCCACCUGUCGUCCGUCAGAAGCAGCCCGCCCCUGGCCGCCGCCGUCGCCUCCGAGGGCAGCGGGUCAGGAGAGGCCCUCUCGCCGCCCAAGGCCCCAGCCCGCCAGGCCGCGGUGCCAAGUUCCGAGCGGGCGCGGCGCGGGCGGGCGCGCGGCAGAGCGUCCCCGCGGGGGGCGGCGGCGGCGCGGGGCGCGGGGCGGGGCGGCCCCUGGGCGCGCGCUGCCCUUCCCGGCCGCGAGGGCCGCGGGCCCGGCGCCGAGCGGGAGGUGCGCGCGGGCCGCGGGGGGCUGGGCCGAGGCGAGCGCGGCGGCGGCGGCGGCGGCAGCGGGCGGCGGCCCCCGCGUCCCCCUCCCGGCCCCAGUGCGUCCCCGCGCGGGGCCCGGGGCGCGCCGGGCGGGCGGGCCGCGGAGCCGCGCCACGUCCCUGGGCCCGGGCGGGCGGCGGCGCCGGGCCGGGGGCUUUUGUGUGGGCGAGUCGGGGCGCGCCGGGCCGGCCCCGCGGCUCCCGAGGCGGCGGCGGCUCCCGAGCCCGGAGCGCGCCCGGCGGCCGCACGUGCCGGCCCCGGCGGGGGCAGCGCCCGCCAGGCCGCGCGCCCCGGGGCCAGCGCCGCCGCCGCCGCCCCCCGCGGCCCCGCCGGGCCCCCCGCGCGCAGCCCGGCCGCCCCGGGGCCUCGUCCCGCCGCCAAACUUUGCAAAGAGGAGGAGCCGCCGCCGCCGCAUCAAAGAGACCCGACUCCCGCGGCCUGGGGGGGAGUCAUGCCCGGCCGUCGGUGA